CCGGUGACGUGAACGGUUUGAAAAGUUAACAACAAAGCGGUUAGGCAACGAAAGCAAAAAUCCGUCAUUCCGUCGUCCCCGAUACGGCCACGCAUCGUUAACACUUAAGUCACUUUACGUUCAAAUUCUCGACUGCCAACGAGUCGUGAACUCGUUCUGUUUUCCGUUUAAUUUCGCCCGCACGUAUUUUGAUAUACGUUAUAAUAUACAAUACCUAACGUGUACUAUAACAACAUCAUAGGAUGUAUUCAUUAAAGUCAUUUGUAAUUGUAGCACUAAUUUGCACAUCUUUAAGCGUAUCCGGCCAAAAUUCAGACAAUCAACAGGCCAGAUUAUUAGUAUCUAAACAAGUUCUUAAUAAAUUGUUAGUUCAAGAUUCUGAUAUCCUAGUUAAGUAUACCAUUUACAAUGUGGGAAGUGUGCCGGCUACAAAUGUUAUACUACAAGACUCAGGAUUUCCUGAUGAAGCAUUUGCCACUGUCAAAGGAAAUUUGAAUAUUCGUUUUAACAGAAUUCCAUCGGGCGCAAAUGUUACUCAUGCUGUUGUUAUCAAACCUCUUACAUAUGGCCGGUUUAACUUCACAGCUGCAGUGGUACAAUAUAAGUCAUCAGAAGGUGCUGAAGAGCCACAAUUUGCAAUAAGCAGCGAACCCGGUGAAGGAUACAUAAUCAGUUAUGCUGAAUACGACAAGAAAUUCUCACCUCAUUUGCUUGAUUGGUUUGCAUUUGCAGUAAUGUCUCUGCCAGCUUUAUUAGGGCCAUUCGUAUUGUGGUGGAUUAGCAAGAGCAAGUAUGAAUUAAUAUUGAAACAAAAACGUGAAAAAGUGUCUAAAGAUUAAAAUUAAUAAAAUAAGAACCUUUGUACAAUUAAAAUUAAGGAUUCUUUAGCCUAAUUUGGUAUAAUA